AUGGCGAAACGCCCUUCGCAGCCAAAAUGCCCGGAAGACAUCACCACCACCAUCACCACCAUCACCACCACCAACAUUCCAGUUACGGAGGACUUGCCCCUCCUGACACCAAGGACGUGGUGGUUGCUGCUAUUCCAAGCCCAAACAACUGUUUUCUUUGCUAAUUCUGGGCCCCCAGGAGUUCCUCGCCUUUACGAUGAUGCUUCUGUCCAUCUGAAGAAGGGGGAAGCGGAGACGGUGAAGGCAGUCGGGCCCUGGCCGGUGCUGCACGUCAACAUGAACAAGCAGGGCGAAGACAAGAAAGCACUAGAGAAGAGCCUCCACACUCCUCCAGUGUCGUCUUCCGCAGCACCGGAUCAUUUGAAAUGUAACAUUCUCAAAGCUCAAGUGGAGGCUGCCUUUCGAGUGGGUGUUCAGGUCGGAAAAGAGGAAACCUCUCUGGUAAACCCUGCCAAGACUGCCAGGGACCCUCAUGUAAGAAGUCCAGCUCCUUUACGGCCGGACACGACGCAGACAAACAGCGUGCCGGACAAGCAGGAGGUGAAAGUAUCUCGCGUGAGGAAACUGACAAGGCAGUACAGCUUUGAUGAAGAUGACCUUCCCCCGGCACUGGCAGCAGCAGUCGGAGCAUCUCCACCCCCCUCCUCUGCAUCUCCUGCAUCACAGAAGAUAUCCGGAGGACAGUUCUCGUCAUGUACAAAGAGCCCCACAGAUAUGGGAACUACAUUUGCCCUGGAGCCAGGGGAUCUGCUGAUGGACUUCACAGAAGCUACUCCGAUGAACCAUUUCCUCUGUGGGAUACCCCCAGGCUGUGCAUUGCACUACGCAAUUCUGAUAAAGACAUUCCCUGCUGCUACAUCUAAUGCUUUUUUCGAUCCUUUUCCAACACUACCACAGUUUUCUGCAGAGUUUCUGGACAGUAAACUACAAUGCUGUAUGGUACAGUCAUCUCCAAAGAUGUUAUCGCCAGCACUUGCACCCAGGUCUCUGGUAGAGUCCGGUCCCGUUCCAACUGUGCAGACCAUCUAUUCAUCACAUAAACCCAUUUCUCUAGCAGACAGUGCUGAGACUCUGAGGCGUGAACUCGAGCGAGAGAAGAUGAUGAAAAGACUGUUGAUGACAGAGUUAUGAAACGUCUCCCUUGCCUGUCUCAUGCGGAGAAUGGAUCGGGGCCUUUCCUGUGCCUUCUGUCUGUUUACAUUCCUUUGCUUCUGGGUACACAAACGUCGUUCAUCAUUAACAAUGUGAGAGGUUCCGAUCUUUCUGGAGUCGUCGCAGGUGGAUAACAUGAAAUCUGGGUUUUACAAA